AUGAAUGGAACACUGGGUGUUCCCCAAGUUCACUACUUCGGUCAGGAAGGACUGCACAAUGUGCUGGUCAUCGACUUGCUGGGUCCUAACCUCGAAGACCUAUUUGAUAUGUGCGGGCGCAAAUUUUCGAUAAAGACCGUCUGCAUGGCCGCGAAACAAAUGAUCACUCGUGUGCAAGCUGUUCACGAAAAAUCACUUAUUUAUCGAGAUAUCAAGCCAGACAAUUUUCUGAUUGGUGUCCCCGGCAGCAAGACAGCCAAUGUGAUCCACAUCAUUGACUUUGGUAUGGCCAAACAUUACCGAGAUCCGAAGACCAAGGUCCACAUCCCUUAUCGUGAACGAAAGUCGCUUUCGGGUACCGCCCGAUAUAUGUCUAUCAACACGCAUUUGGGCCGUGAGCAGUCGCGGCGAGACGACCUCGAAUCCCUUGGACACGUCUUUAUGUACUUCCUUCGCGGUGGUCUCCCAUGGCAAGGUCUUCGAGCCGCCACCAACAAGCAAAAGUAUGAGAAGAUUGGCGAGAAGAAGCAGACAACUCCUAUUGCGGAGCUAUGUGAAGGAUUCCCAGAGGAGUUCACGAUCUACAUGAACUACGUCCGGAAGCUUGGCUUUGAGGAGACCCCUGACUACGACUUUUUGCGGGACCUCUUCACCAAGGUUCUCAAGACCCUCGGCGAGCCUGAGGAUGGCGUGUACGAUUGGAUGUUGCUUAACAAUGGCAAGGGCUGGGAAGCCGGAAACCCCCACUCCAGUUCCGCCCAACGCGACCGCGAGCGUGAGCACAGACGUGAACGAGAGCGGGAACGACGGGCAAGGCAGCCUCAGCAAGAUGGCACGACGCCAAACGGCCUCCUCAUCAGCCCCGCACCGGCGCACAUGAAGAGCCGAAGUCGACAAGCGGGGGAACGCCAUCGCGACCCUGGCAGCGCGCAACCCAUCCCACCGAACAGCCGACGCGGAAGUCAACAGCGUGAUCUCAACAGCAGCAUCCCAACACCGCACCCCUACGCAACCGCUCCAAGUCCCAACGGUUACAGGUCUUCAACGGCCCAAUAUGGUAGACAUUCGCCUAAUCCCCAAACUCAACAUGCUAACGGGCUGCCGAAUGGUUCUGAAUCGUUCUUGUAUGGUCAAGGUCAACCCAACAAAUACGGCUCCACUUCUCGAGACGGAAUCGCGACGCCAAGAGACGGAUACGGCGGAACCAAGUCCAUGGGCGUGUAUGAUCGCGACCAAAUGCGCCGUGGAAACGACGACGACGGGCAUGGAGGCAAGCGUAGAGGCUUCUGGGCCGCUCUGUGCUGCCGAGCAUGA